AUGCCCCGGACAUACACCCGCCAGGGUUUAAACCUGGUGCCCCUCGGGGUCCCUGCAGGGCCUGGCACUCGCCCAGCUGCAGCAGGACCCCCACCCGCUCCGCGCAGGCAGGACGGGCCCCGGCACUCCCUGCGGCUGGCAGCUGCCCCCCAGGACAGCCGCUCCGCCGCGGCUCCCGCGGGGCGGUCGGCGGCCCUGCGGGCACGGAUGGAGGAGCGGCUGCUGGCCGCCCGGUUCCGGUACAUCAACCAGCAGCUCUACACCUCCACCAGCCAGGAGGCGGCACGGCUCUUCCAGAGUGACCCUGAGGCCUUCAAAAUCUACCACCGCGGCUUCGCCCAGCAAGUGGAGCGCUGGCCGGAGAACCCCGUGCACCGCAUCAUCCGCUACCUGCGGCGGCGGCCAGCCUCACUGGUGGUGGCAGAUUUUGGGUGCGGUGACUGCAAGAUCGCGAGCAGCAUCAAGAACAAGGUUCACUCCUUUGACCUGGUACCUCUCAGCCCGCUGGUCACCGUCUGCGACAUGGCCAAGGUGCCUUUGGCGGCCGAGUCGGUGGACGUUGCGGUGUUCUGCCUGGCGCUGAUGGGCACCAACCUGCAGGAGAUCCUGGAAGAGGCCAACCGCGUGCUGAAGCAGGGGGGUAUCCUGAUGGUGGCCGAGGUGGCCAGCCGCUUUGAGGACAUCCGAGCCUUCAUGAACAGCAUGGCUCAGCUGGGCUUCAAAAGCGUCUCCAAGGCUCUUCAGGCUCGUGGCAGGAGCUGCUUGGAGGCCGUGCAGGGCAUAGGCAUUGUAGUUGUUGCUCAGGGCAAGGAAAGUCUGUGGAAGCGGGAGGGAUUACACGGGAAGGGCUGUUUUGGGCAGAAUGCAUCCCCUAUCUUCGAUGGGAGCAGCAGCGAGGACUUGCAGUACAAAGGUAUUGCCCUGCUGUGGCACCCCGACCCUCUUUCCCCGAAGGCCUAA